AUGAGUGUGUCUGUAGACAAAGCUUUAGAAAGAAUGCGUCCUUACCUGUGUGAUAAAAUCAUAGCUGAGAGGCACUUUGAUUACCUGCGUUCAAAGAAAAUACUCACUAGAGAGGACACAGAAGAAAUUUCUUCUCGAUCUUCCAGUAGGAAGAAAACUGGGAAAUUAUUGGACUACUUAGCAGAAAACCCAAAGGGACUAGAUGCUUUGGUUGAAUCUAUCCGACGAGAAAGAACACAAAACUUCCUGUUACAAAAGAUAACUGACGUAGUGUUGAGAGUCAAAAAUGAAAAACUUGAAGCUCUCAAAGGUCUAAGCUGCAGCACCUGUAUGACAUCGCUGUAUGGGGGAACAAAUAAUCUUUCUAGAUCAUAUUCUGAUGAAUCUAAUUUUUUUGAUAAAACAAAAGACAAAGAAUCCACCCAGAUACAUCAUCCAGAAGAAGAUUAUAGCACCGCCGCAUUUGUGUCUGCUGUCUCUCUUCAUUCAAUGAAUUUACCAGUUGCAGAGAUGGGAAAUGCACAGAGUGCUGUUUUUUCAGCCACCCUUCCAGGGCCUGGAGACCCCGGUGCACCCCCUCUCCCCCCAGAGCUCCAGUCAGAGCAGCAAGAGCCAUGUACUAGCUCAAGUGACAAUUGCUUUUUGCCUUUAAGAUCGCGUUCUCUUCAGCCACAGUGAACGUAGUGACUUUUGUCUGUUCAUCCAAAUGGUACUGAAACUUUGUGUGAUGUCUGAAAAAGGUUAAAAAAAUGUUUUCAAACAGUUCACCAGCAAAAUCAGAGGAAACAAUCUAUGCUAUUUACUGGUUUUAAGAAGUAAUAUGCUUUGCUUUUUUUUUUUUUUUUUUGUAAUUCAGUGACUCUGGAGCUCCUUGAUUAUAUGUUCUGUAGGGAG